UCCUUGAACAGACAAAGAUAAGGCACAGAGUUGUCAAGACAGGGAGCAGAGCAGAGUUUACAUAGACCUUGCUCACUCUCAGGAGUUCUGGUCUUUGCAGAGAUGGCCACAAGGCUCCAACUUUCACAAUGGGCUUUGGUGGGGCUGGCUUUCUGUACUGUUUUCCUGGGCUUUGCCAAAGCAGGGAAGCUGUUGGUGAUCCCCCUGGAUGGCAGCCACUGGCUCAGCACACGUGAAGUGGUCCAGGAGCUCAGUCUGAGAGCCCACAAAAGUGUCGUGCUGGCACCGGAGCUGUCUGUGCACAUCAAGGAAGGACAGUACUACACUCUGAGGACCUUUCCAGUCACUUUCAGCAAGGACCUUUUCCACCAGAUGAUGCACAAUAAUUCCCAUAAGAUCUUUAACACAGAACCUUUCCUGAAGAGAUUUUUUGGUGUCAUCACAAACUUGAAGAAUGUUUUUGAUAUGUACUUUAGCUUUUGUACGGACUUAGUCUAUAACAAGGACCUCAUGAAGUCCCUGGAAGAAGCCCACUUUGAUGCCGUUUUAACUGAUCCUGCUCUUCCCUGUGGAGCCCUGGUGGCACAGUAUCUGUCUAUUCCAGCUGUUUAUUUUUUGCGAGGAAUCCCCUGUGGUUUAGAUGCUGAAAGCACUCAGUGCCCAGAUCCACCUUCCUAUAUCCCCAGACUGGCCACAGAAAACACAGACCAGAUGACAUUCCUACAGCGGGUAAAAAACAUUCUAUACUCUUUGCCCCAUAACAUGGUGUGCCACAUGAUGUAUUCAUCUUUUGUAAGCCUGGCUUCAGAACUCCUUCAGAGAGACAUGAAUAUAGUGGAUGUUCUGAGCUAUGGAUCUGUGUGGCUUAUGAGGACAGACUUUGUGAUGGAUUACCCUAAACCAAUCAUGCCAAACAUGGUCUUCAUUGGAGGCAUCAACUGUGCCAGUACCAAGCAGCUCUCUAAGGAAUUUGAAGCCUAUGUGAAUGCUUCUGGGGAACACGGAGUUGUGGUCUUCUCGCUGGGCUCUAUGGUCUCAGAAAUCCCAAUGAGCAAAGCCAUGGAAAUCGCUGAAGCUUUGGGCACAAUACCUCAGACAGUAUUGUGGCGAUACACUGGAACAACACCAUCUAAUCUAGCCAAGAAUACCAAACUUGUGAAAUGGCUUCCACAGAAUGAUCUGCUUGCUCACCCAAAGACCCGGGCAUUCAUCACUCAUGCUGGAUCUCACGGGAUCUAUGAAGGGCUGUGUAAUGGAGUGCCCAUGGUGUUGAUGCCUUUGUUUGGAGAUCAGAUGGACAAUGCUAAACGCAUGGAGUCAAGAGGGGCAGGAGUGAUCCUGAAUGUCCUUGAAAUGACAUCUGAUGAUCUCAGCAAGGCACUGAAGACUGUUAUCAAUGACCAAAGCUACAAGGAAAACAUCAUGCGCCUGUCAGCUCUUCACAGAGAUCGGCCUAUCAGCCCCCUUGACCUUGCUGUGUUCUGGGUUGAAUUUGUGAUGAGAAACAAAGGGGCCCCACAUUUACGUGCUGCCGCCCAUGACCUCAACUGGAUCCAGUACCAUUCCUUGGAUGUCAUUGCUUUCCUCCUGGCUAUUGUAUUGACUGUUGUACUAAUUGCUGUAAAAUGCCUCAAGUUUUGUUUCCAGAAAUGCGUUGGCCAAAAAGGAAAAGCUAAGAAAGCCACCAAACCUAAGUCUCAUUGAGCCAUACUUUAAAAACUAGAUGAAAUUUUAGUUUGUUCUCCUUAUGGUUUCAGAAAAUGGACCCAUAUGAAUUAUAUGCACACUCAAGCACACAAAUACACUAAUGUACCCCAUGCAGACAACUCAUUUUUAAAUCAAUUUUUGAUAAAGAAAAUCUCAAUCUUAUUUUGUUGUUUAUUGAAGUAGGAGCAUAGAGUUUGAGAGCUAGAAGAUGACCAGUUAGUCCAACCAUCUCAUAUUACAGCUCAGGAAAUGGAAGUGUCAUGAGGGGAAACUUUUGGGCUGAAGAUGAGAAUUAGAGGAGGGGCCUGAUAGCUGACUUCCCAUUUCACAUGGAGGAGAGAUCAGCUGCACUCAGCUUGGCCUCAGAAGAUAGAACUGAGAACAAUGAGGAAGGAAGGAAUUACAUCAUUUAGGUCAGGGUCAGUGAAAACCUCCUAACAAUUGAAACUAUCCAGCAGGAAUGGCCUGCCUCUGGUAGAAGGGAGUUCCCAUUCAUUGGGGCUUUCCAAAUCAGCGCUGGAUGACCAGUGCCUGGAAGGUUGUGCAAAUACAACCUGGGAGUUUGAGCCAGGUACAAGUUUGACUCGAUGACCACUGAAGUCUUUUCCAACUCUCUGAUUCUGUGAUUCUAAGACAUUCUCUGGGGAUACACGACUAGUUUGCAGCUGAGCUAGGCCAGAAGCCAGGUCUUCUGAUUGUUAGCACUCCCUUCUCCCUCUCAAGACACAAAAAGCUAUAACAUGACUACCGGACUGAUUCUCCUUCCCCAUUCUUCAAGAUUCUAGCUUCAAAUCAUUUGUUUAGAACAGCUGCAUGAGUCAAUUAUGCAUUUGGAAUCAUUUUUUAAACUGGAAACAUAUACAGCACCCCUUUCAGGUGGCUUCCUAAUGAGUUGUGAUUGUUAAUCAUUUAUUAUAAAGGUUAAUUCAUUCCCCCAUCACCUUUCUUCUAUUUCCAUCCUCCAUUUCUUUGCAAAACACUGCCAGUUGAGCUCUCCCACUAAUAAUACAUGGGCUCAUGGGCUCAAGAUUCACGUGACCCUUUGGGCACAGGAAGGUGGGCAUGUCUGCUAAGAUGGGCUGCUGCUCUUCUUCAUAAUGUUGGGAAUUAAUUAGACUCUGUCCCUCAUGGAAAUGGAUUAUUUCUGCAUUGCAAGACCAAGAUAGAUCAGGCCAAACAAAGAACAAUGCCAUGUGGUGCUCUGCUAGUACAAAUGGAUCAGAAUGUUAUCAGUCACCCACAAGCAGUGUUUGUAGCAAAGUCACAACUUAUCAUAUUGCUCAAAACAAAUCUAAAUAUGUGAAUAAAUCACUACUAAUUAUUUUUCCUGCA